CCUCAUGCGGUGACACGCUUUCGCACAACCACGAUACGCACACCUAAUUGGUAAUGUCGAAAACCACCAUGGCCCGGUAGCGACGCAGCCGACAUAUCAUGGUCUCCUUCUGGCCCUUCAAAGGCGGCUCCAGCGACGCCGCCGCCUUCGAGAAGGAGCUCAGCCAGCUGUCCACCAAGAUCAAUAAGGCCACCACACAAAACGAGCAAUUUCAGCAGAGACGCAGGCGCUAUAAAGUGCUGUGGACACUUUACACCUCCUUCACUUAUAUCCUGAUCACUGCUAUCCUGACAUUAGUCACUGGCUGGGACAAAUGGGGCGCUGUCGAAUACUCCGCCAUCGCUGGCAGUCCACUGCUCAUCUACGCCGUACGAACAGGUCUUGAUGCCUUCUACAACUACCGCAUUGCGAACUCGCAGAAAUACCUGAAUGAUCUGAACAAGCAAAGAGAUGAGGCAAUCAAGAGACUGAAGGCAGCGACAAAAUAUGACAGCACACAACAGCUUCUGGAAAAGUACGGCGGGUCACCGCCUGCAAAGAAGCAAGUAGUCCCCGAGGCGAAGGGCAAGAGGCAGUCUGAGGGCGGACCAGGUAAUCGAACACAUACACCGCAGGCCAGGACCGGCUUUGCACCACCGCCGACCGCGAACAUUCCAAGCCGACAGCCACCUCCAGGUGUUCAGCACUCAGCACCACAAAACGCGCUAGGCUCUGCGCCGCAUCUACCAAAUCGACCGCCUACACAACCUGCACCUGAGCAAAGUGGGCCUGGCGAAGAAUUUGCGCCAAACGCAUUUAGCCCGAAUAACUUCAGCCGACCGCCUGCGCUUCGCCAGCCACCACAAUAUAUCACAGAGGGACCGAAAUGGUAUGAUCGAAUCAUGGAUGUCGUGCUAGGAGAAGAUGAAACGCAAGCAAAGAACAGAAUAGCAUUGAUCUGCCAAAAUUGCAGGUUAGUCAAUGGUCAAGCACCGCCAGGAGCAAGGACAUUGGAAGACAUUGGGAAGUGGAGGUGCAGUUCAUGCCACACCCUGAAUGGCGUCGAGAGCGAAGAGAAGAAGAUCCUCAAGCAGAUCACAGGCGAGCCGUCUUCACCCGCGAGCCCUGGUCCGGUACCUGAACCGAAAGCGGAUGAAGUCGGGGAGGAGUUCGCUGAGAACGCGGAGUCAGAAGACGAUGAAGCUGAGGAGGUGGACGAUACAACUCCUGCAGCAUCAACGCGGAGCAAGGCGCGACAGAGGAAGAAGGCUUGAUGCGUGCAGUCGUGAAUGUUUU